CUCCUCUUCACCUCACCACUUCCCAAUACCCAAAUACACAACCUUUCCUCUACUCAACCUCCAUACAUUCACACGCAACCUCUUCACUCUCAACAAUCAUCAACAUGAAGUACUCCAUUGUCUUUAUCGGUGCUCUCGCCGCCCUUGCGACUGCCCAGUCCGAGCUCUCCCAGUGUGGUCAACAAUGCCUGCAGAGCAUGCUCGCAAAGGCUGCCACCCUUGGCUGCUCCUCCGCUGAUGCCGCCUGCCUCUGCAACAGGAGCGACUUCGCCUACGGUAUCCGUGACUGCGCCAACGAGGCCUGCGGCUCAGACGCUCCUGUGAUCAUUGCCUACGGCAACACCUUCUGCAAGGGCCACAACGGCGGCUCUGACAACGGUGCUGGCGCUUCCGGCGCUUCCUCCGCCGCCGGUGCUCCUACCGGAACUGCCGCCUCUUCUUCCGCAACCGCCACUAACGGUCCUGGUAGCAACACCGGCGGCGCUGUUGGAGGUGCCAGCGGCUCUGGCGCUCACGGCGGCCCAGUCCCAAUCACCACCUCGGCUGUUGUCUCCGACUCCAAGACCGUCGGCUCCACCACCAUCUACUCUUCUGACGCCAGCGCGACCCCGGUCACCACCAUCGUCUCUGAUGGAAAGGCCGUCACCACCCUCUACGGCGCCCCCGGUGCUGGAGGUGCGAACGGCGGUUCCGGAAGCGGAUCCAGCGGUGCCGGGGGCGUAGUGAGCACUGUCACCAGCGGCCCCUCCACCUUUGUCACCACUGUCUCCUCUGGAUCUGGAUCCGCCUCCACGAGCGGUUCCCAGAACGGCAACGGCAGUCCUGCCGGCGGUGCCGGCUCCUCCACCGGCGGCUCCGAAUCCGGCUCUAAGACCUCCACCUCCUCUGCUGGAGGUGCCAGACAGACUGCCGCUGCUGCCGGUGUCAUGGCCGUGGCUGGUCUUGCUGCCUUCGUGUUGUAAGCGUCGACUUGCCUCACCUAAUCUAGUAUGAAUGGAGUAGGACGGGGGAGUAAUAUAUGUGGUGUUGCGGUGGUGGUGUGCGAUACCCUUCUAGCCUACGAGGUGGUGGUCGUUGGAACAUACAUCUUCUCGACGUUCUUUACCGGGUUGGAGCAGGGUGCUGCGAUCGACGGGUGCGUGUGAGGAUGGUGAAUGCCAUCGAUGAUCACUGCCGGAACGCCAAAAGGAUCUUAUGCCCUGUCACGGCUUUGUAUGUAUGAGGUGUUAAUAAGUAAUGAGACGAUGGACGGGGAAGAAAUGGUCUUUGCUACAUCCAUCAUGGCUUCGGGGUGGAGAAUUAAUAAGGUGGAUGAAGGGGACGAGGAUUCGAGAUGCAGUAUACAGAGAAAUGGAUUACUGGAUUAGAUA